AUGGUGGACACUGGCUCAGAGCUAUUAGAGCAGCCGUCAAUUCUUACCAUCGAGAGUGAACGCCUGCAACUCAAGACCAUCCAGAUGUCCGAUCUUCAGGAAGUCAUGCCUAUCAUUACAGAUAUGGAGGUUAUGAAGUGGACGACCCAAGGCCCUCCAGCAAACCUCGAACAAGCAGAACGAUGGCUCAGUGCCAGGACAUUGGGUCCUGAUGUUUUCAACUUCGUUAUGCGAGAGAGGACUGCCGACGGCGUAGGUACCGACAUCGUUGGCAUCAUGGGGAGCUUCCAUGUCCCUAAAUGUGGCUAUCUCAUUCGUACCGAUCGAGCCGGGAAAGGCUAUGCCACAGAGGCGCUCAAGGCUUUCCUCCCUGCAUAUUUCGAGCGGGUACCACCUGCAAGUGAGGGCGGCACAGGCGCCGACUUCAUCGAAGGUUACGUCGAUGUUGAGAACAAGGCCAGCCAGCGAGUCCUUGAGAAGGCUGGCUUCACCCUGUGCGAGUCGUUGCCUGGCGAAAUUGAGAAUCUGAUGGGUUUGAGAGAUGUCCUGUUAUAUCGGUGCCCACGCCCCGGAAGGACGCUGGAGGAGCUUGGUUUGAUGCCUAAUCCAAAGGCUCUCGAAGAUCCACCUGAGCCUUCCAUUCAGUGA